AUGUCCUCCCCAAUUCAAAAAGUUGCCUUUGCAGGCGCAACCGGCUCACUAGGCCAACCAAUCCUUCAUCAACUCCUCUCCGCCGGCUUCACUAUCACAGCACUGAGCCGCACGGCCAAUCCUACCAACCUCCCCUCCUCCGUCAAGAUCGCACAAGUAGACUACAACGACCCCUCCUCCCUCCAGUCCGCUCUCACAGGCCAAGACGCUCUUAUCAGCACCCUCGGCUCAGCAGGCAUCAAAUCCCAGAUCGCACUCACGGAUGCCGCUAUAUCCGCGGGCGUCCGUCGAAUCAUCCCGUCCGAGUUUGGGUGCGACAACGAUUUACCCCGGAACCGAACGUUACCGGCGUACAAACCUAAGAUAGAAGUACAGGAUUACAUCAUCCAGAAGACCAAAGGGACGCGAACGAGCUAUACAUUCGUCUACAACAACGCCUUUCUAGACUGGGGACUCAAGCCGCCGGGGUUCCUCAUGAACGUUGCCGGCAAGUCAGCUGACUUAUACGACGGCGGCGACAUUGUUUUCACAGCGACUCCACUCGAGAUGAUCGGACGUGGCGUCGUGGGCGUCCUUCGCAACCCGGAAGAAACUGCUAAUCGCAGUGUGCGGGUUCAUGGAGCGGGCGUGACAAUGAAGCAGAUCCUGGCUCUCGCGCAGAAGUAUACAGGUGGUGAGGAGGACUGGACGGUAAAGGAGGUCGACUGCGGAGCGAUGGAGGAGAAGGCUUAUGGGGUUCUGAAGACGGAACCCGGGAAUGUGAUGGCUUGGAUUGUGCCUAUGAUUCGGCGGGCGGCGUUUGGUAAAGACGUUGGGAAUGACUUCACUCACAACAAUGACAACGCCGUGUUGGGGGUCAAGGAACUGAGGAAGAAGGAACUGGAGGAGAUUGUCAAAGCGGCUUGUUCGUAA